UUCGCGUGAACAACGUUUCAACGGAGCGCAGUGUUCGGAAAAUUUCAAAAAAAAAAUUCUGAUAAAAAAACAGUAACGUUCUCUAACUGUUUCUGCCGGGAUCGGCUUGUGUGUGUGUGUGUUUGUGUGUGAGUAAGCAGCACGCUAUGAAUCCAAUUGACCGCAUUGCGUUUCCAUUUCCGUUUCCGCUUGAACUCGCGUUCUCUAUAAUCGAUACUUCUGCCUUGGAUGUACGACAUCUGUGACUGUGAUUGUGACUGUUUUUUGUGCUCCACUUGCUGGAAAAAUAAUACCCACUAUAACAAAUAAAAUUUAAUAACAAUAAAUAAAGGCGAAAUUGAUUAGAGCGAUUCAUAGACAUGUUGAUUGAGCCGACUUUAAACCGUGACCUUGGCUCGCUUACUGUCGCUAAUUCUGGCCUCUCGGCCGCGCACUGGAAAAUGGAGCCCCAUCCCCAACGCAUCACAUCGCUGGCCCCUCACGCUUCCAGUGUAGCGGCGGCAUCCGUGGCAGCAGCAGCAGCAGCGGCGGCGGCAGCGGCAGCAGCGGCGGGAGCGGGAUCUGGAGCGGGAACGGGGGCCUCGACAUCGCCCACAUCUGUGCAAAUACCGCCCGGCUUUGGCGGCGCCUCUGGAGUUCCACCGGGAGCAGGCGGACCGGCGGGGAGCACCCUCAACACCCUGAUGUCGCAACAUCGCCUCCUGGAAUUCUCCCGAUUCGGAGGACUGCGCGGUUACGACAUCGCCCAGCACAUGCUAACGCAGCAGGGUGCUGUCUCCAAGUUGCUAGGCUCGCUGCGACCACCGGGCUUAAUUGGUGGCUCAAAGCCCAAGGUGGCCACGCCGACGGUCGUCUCCAAGAUCGAGCAGUACAAGCGCGAGAAUCCGACGAUCUUCGCCUGGGAGAUACGCGAACGCCUGAUCUCAGAGGGUGUCUGCACCAAUGCCACCGCUCCCUCGGUGAGCAGCAUCAAUCGCAUCCUGCGCAACCGAGCCGCCGAGCGGGUGGCCACCGAGUUUGCCCGCACCGCCGCCUACGGCCUGUAUCCGCCACCCCCGCACCCUUAUGGCAGCUUCACCUGGCAUCCGGCUGGAAAUGUGCCGGGUGGCCAGGGUGUGGUGCCCCCGCCGCCGCCUCCAUCCGCCCUGUGGUCCGUGGCCGCUCCCACGCUGGCCAAUCUGCCGCCCAGUGCCGCCAGUGCGGUGUCAGCAGGGCCCACUUGUGGAUCCCUGAGUUCGGCUCAUCUUAUGUCUGGUGGUGCAGGCGGUGGUGGUGGUGGACCCUCCAAUCGGGCCAUCUCACCUGGCUCGGGCAGCCACGAUACCUUGGAAUCGGCCGACGAGAACAGGCACAUAGACUCCGAUUACCUGGACGACGAUGAUGAGCCAAAGUUCAGGCGGAACAGGACCACCUUCAGUCCGGAGCAGUUGGAGGAGCUGGAGAAGGAGUUCGACAAGAGCCAUUAUCCUUGUGUGAGCACCAGGGAGAGGCUCUCCAGUCGCACCAGCUUGAGUGAGGCGCGUGUACAGGUUUGGUUUUCCAAUCGGCGGGCUAAAUGGCGUCGCCACCAGCGCAUGAAUCUCCUGAAGCGCCAGCGCUCCAGUCCCGCCAAUCCGCUGCACUCGCAGCAGUCGAACGAUGCGCCGGCCGGUUCGCCCACGCCCAGUAAUCACAGUAGUGCCUCCACCUCCGCUCCAGUGGCUCCGGUUCCGCCUCCCCAGCAACCGAUGCCCCUGUGCGGGGAUCACUCGCCGCAGGCUCCUCCGCCUGCGGUCAUGCUGCACCCCCUGCACGGACCUCCUGGUGGCCACCAUCACCAUCAUCCCCUGCACCUGCCCACGCAUCCGGCGGCCCUGCAACUCCUGAGUCACUACCACCAGCAGCAGCAGCAGCAGCAACAGCAACAGCAACAGCAACAGCAACAUCAGCAACAGCAGCAACUCUCACCCACUGGAUGCAAUCCGGCCGCCAGUCACCUGUCCAUGGGAGGCGAGAGGAGUGCCUUCAGGAGUCUGGUGAGCUCUCCCUCGGCGGCUGCCUUCCUGGGAUUGGCCAGGCAAUAUGCAGUGGCAGCCUCGCUAACGGUGGCCGAGGAGCAACGCUCCAGAUUGCACUACUCCGCGGGGGGACUAACCCCAACUGGCGGCGAGGGAACUGGCGCAGGACUCACUGGCGGCUCAACCAUGACGGUGGACAACUCGUCAUCCGACUCGGAUGAGGAGAUCAACGUGCACGACGAUUCGGAUGGUGAAAUCGAGUCGCCGGCGGCGGCGGCAAAGGUGGCCCGCCUGUCAUCCUCCGAUGCGCCGGCAAUACCGGCUACAUUGCAAUUCCUAAAGCAUGACCACCGCUAGGCGGCGACAUCUAAUUGAAAACUUGAGUUGUGCGCGCCUCUGUGAUUGACAGCAGCAACAGCAACAGUAAUAGCAACAGCAACAGCAACAGCAACUACUGAUUCAAAUUGCAAUUGUAGGGGAUUUGGUGGACUGAAACACGAGAUGCGAAUAUAUACUAUUGUGGGCAAACAAAUCGAAAACCAAAGUUAAAAUGCUGCUCACCUACUUGGCUGCGGUUCGGGGUCGCUGGAAAAGCAGCACGAGCAACAGCAACAAUAAUGGGCGGCUUAAGAUUAGCUGAAAUUGUAACUAAUACUACGAGUACGAACACGCUUGUCCCAUUUAAAUGCACAUAUAUCUAUUGUAUACCCCCCAGUUAUGCAUAAUUACUAUACUUGUUCAUUCGCCGGCUGCCGACUUACCUCAUCACCAUUUAAGGCUAUAGCAUAUGCAAUAUAUAUCUCUAUGUAACUCUAACUUUAAAUAGUCCUACUGUUUAGCAUUAAGCCAUCUAUUUAUGAAUGCGUAUUACGUACGAAUUAUUUUGGUUGCGUUUGAACUGAUAUUUUGUAGAGUAAGUGUUUUUGGCUCAAAUCGAAAGGCAACCCAAAACUCCACUGAGUGAGAAACCAAUAAAAAGUGCAACAAAUA